AUGCCCAUUCCUCUACGUGUAGCACUGACAGCAGCAGCCGGGCUUGGCGCUGCUGGUUCUGGAGGUUACUACUUUCUUACUAAAACAAACAAACAAGCUUCAGAGCCCAUUCAAACGAAAGCUGAACCUAAACACUACGAUUGGCGGCCAUUUCAGUUGUUGUCAAGAGAGGAGAUUGACAACCGAAUAAGAUCAGGGCAGUUUGUUAGUAAACUCGAGAUUGACCGUGUCAAGGCUGUUUAUACAAAUCAGCUGCCCUCAAAUGAUCCUGUUGAAGACAAUUACAGCAUCAACACUUUUCAACGAGGCUUGAUUGCUGGUGUAUACGAUGGGUUUAAUGUUAAAUUAGGUCAUAUUGGCCCUCACUGCUCAAGGUUGAUAAAAAAACAGUUACCCAUCUAUAUCGCACGAGAACUGAAUAAGGAUCCAAAUACACCACUCUCGGAGCAAGAAAAGGAGGAAGCUAUCUCAAAGGCUUUCUCUGACCUCGAUCAAGAUAUACAGCAGCGAUUUUAUGACAUUUUCCCUAAAAACUUAAAAAGAACCACCGAAAAAGAUAUCCGUGCUGCUAUUGCUCGUCAGCCAGACCAGAAGGCAACUCAAGCCAUUAUUGAUGAAGCGAUUAAUGGAUCAUGUGCAUUGACGGUAUAUGUCAAAGAUGGUAUCGUCUAUUCAGCAAACACGGGCGACUCGCGUGUAGUAAUUGUCAGCCAGGAUGAACAAGGCAAUUGGAAAGGAAGACGUUUGGUUGAAGAAGAGUCGCCGGCUAAUCCAUCAUGGAGAGCACACAUGAUGAAGCAGCAUCCUCCUGAAGAAUCAGACGUCUUAAUCAUGAGAAACCGUAUCUUUGGGCUGAUUGCUGUUGGUGGAUCAUUUGGCGACAUUAUGUACAAGGUACCAGUAGAGUACCAAAUGAAAGUACUUCCCUACAUUCCAUACGAUAGCUAUAAAACCUUUGCUCGGUAUCACCAUCGCAUCGUAGCUCAUUAUCGCACACCGCCUUACUUGGAAUCAAAGCCUUUGACUUCUCGACACCAGUUACAAAAGGGAGAUAAAUUUAUCAUCCUUGGCACUGACGGCUUAUGGGACGAGCUCUCUUGGGAUGACGUCCGCAGUAGUCGAGGAGACCAGAAGGCAGCAGAGAUUAUGAGUACAUGGAAGUCUAAUGGAGAACCUAAUCCUGCAACAUAUCUUAUCCGAGAGGCAUUGCUCUACGAUGCUGUCUAUAAAAAUUUACGGGUAAAAGAGCCUGUUGAGGAUGAACAACUUGAGUUAUCCAAGCGAUUGACAAGAAAGCCAUCAAGAAGCUAUCGUGAUGACAUUACUAUUGUUGUUAUUGAGUUGGAUGACCCAAGCAGCAAUUCAGAAUCAUGUCCAGCCAAUGUUGGACCAGUACAUGCUGCAGAAGAAGUAGAUGUGAAUGUUCCAAGACUAGUAGACCCUUCAAAGGUAAAUCAAUCCUGGUUUUCUGGUUGGAUCUGGUCUCGUUUAUGA